ACUUGAACUUUAUACUAAAAUAAAUAAAGAAAUGGAUAUGUUAAAUAUUGUGGAUUUUAUAUAUCUUCUAUUGAUAAUAACAAUAGUGCUAUUGAUAAUACGCAUUCUUACGGAAUUAAAGUACGAAUUUGAAACCAAGAAGUCAAAUUUACUAUCAAAUGUUGACGAAAAUCAAUUACCAGACGAUACAGCCUUAGACGAUUAUAAUGCGUCGGUAGAACGUCUUGAAAGAUUACUAGCAAAUCUAAGAACAAGGGACGAAGACUACGAAUCUGUGGCUGACAAAAUAAAUGAUGAGUCAUGGAAUAGUUCUGAUGAUUUUAAUGAUUUCUUUGAUAAUGUUGGAGAACACAAUGAUGAAAUUGAAUUGAUUAUAAAAGUAAUUGAGUACUGCCACAGUAAUCCAGAGAAAAAAACUGAAUAUUAUCCGACAGUCGAUACGAAGGUCAACAAAUUAGCCGAUAAGUUAUCGACUGCUGAUUUAACUGUCGGUAAAACAGUUGAUGAAAUUGUUGAUAACUUCAACGACCUGCAGCACUUUGCACUGAAAUUAUUAGCGAUGUACAUUUAUUUCGGCGAAGAUGAGUCGGUAAAAGAAAAAUGUCGCCGUGAGAUAUUACGAUUUAUACCAGCGGUCGAUAAAUUUAUCAACCAAAAUAUUACAGACCCAACCGAUAUCGUUAGACUGACAGUCUUCAGAUUAUUGGCCAAUGACGGUUACGAUAACGAUAAAUUUAAGACCGAUUUCCAUGAUCUGAAAGUUCGAUCUGCUGUUGAGAGUUUUCUUAUCUUAGAAACAAGAAGCACUGAUGAGCUAGGAGAGGAAUGCCUUUAUAGCGAAGAUUCUUAUCUGGCUCGUGAUAAUCUUGUCGACUACACCAAGCUUUUAGUAAGUGCCUCGAUGUCCGAGAGGGCGCUAAUAAAAUUUAAGUACCCGUCAGCUAAAUAUAAACGCAUUGAGGUCAUUUUGACCAAAUUGUUGCAUCCAACGAUUCCCUAUUUGCCAUUUGGGGUCAUCGGCUUUACCGGCAAUCGGUAUAAUUUUAUCAACGACCUUGGGUGGGACGUCAAAGGGAAUCUAGGCGUCUAUACAUUUCCAUUCAUCGGUCUCGGAGUAUUCAAAACAGAAAAAUUUAUGUUUUCACUCCGCGUACAGAGAGAUGGUAUACCGAUUUCGCUGGCUAAUGAUAAAAAAUGCGCGGAGCUGUCUCUCGGUUGGUUACAGAUGCGUAAAAUGUACGUCAAUGGUUACUCGUACGACCGGGAACUGACUUGGGAUAAGUUGAAAAAUGAGCCAGGUGUGCUUACGAUCGAUGAAAAAGACUACCAACAUUUACUGGCAGAGGAUAUCUUCGGAAAUGGUAAAGUUUAUAAUUGCGUGAAUAUUGACUCGUUCAUUGGACAAUUGACUAAACACAAACUGAUGUUUUGGGGAAAUAAUUAUAAAUUUGAAACGUUUUAUGGCGACUGUACUAUUAAGGAAGUUGGUGUCGUUACUAAUAAUGGCGCCCAGAUAAGUUAUUCAAUUGAAAAUAAGUCAGCCAAAGUUCUUAAAUUUCGUUGGAAAGACGAUUACUCGGGAUUUUCUGAGCACAAAGUUACUGGUGCAUCCACAGAAGAUAAUUUCGUUGUGGUGAAUCCAAAAGGUGGAGGUGAUGAUUAUGUACCGACUAAGUUCACCCUGCACAUGAUGAUUGAGGGUAAGGAAGAUUAUCAAGUUAUCAUUGGGGACUCUAAGGAUAAAAUGUUGACCUUUAGAUAUGCUGGAGAAAAUUAUUACGUAGAACGUAUCUACGAAGAUAGCGAGCUUUUUAAAUGUUCCGCUAAAGUUAAUGAUUCAGCGAAACCAUCUUACGUAAUUGCUGGCAGUACAAGUGGACUUGCCGAUAUACCGCUAGAAUUCAAAGGUAAACGAUACUCUCGUGAUAAAGAAACUCUUAUGUAUAUUAUUAAGUCGAAAUAAGUAUUAUAAUUAAUAAAAUUUUAUCACUGACUAUUUGAUUAAUUGGAAGACUAAUUGAAAAUUUUUUUUGCUG